GAUCUUAUCAUCUCGAUCAAAAAAUUCACAACCAACAUCAUCCAUCAUCUAUGAUCUAUUUGUGUCUCAUAAGGUAAUAUAAGCAAUCCAAGCCGACAAGGCGAAAACCAUGACUGGAAAGCAGAAAAGUGGUCAUGCCAAAGCGGUAAUACGACAAAGAAAAGAUGCCGUAGAAAGGUCUCAAACCGGAGAUAUGAAUAAAUAUUUGGUACCAAGAAUCGUCCAACAGGACCAACAUAUAGUAAGCGACAAUGAAAGCGGCGAAGACAAAACCGAAAAUAUUAACAGUGAUGAGGAGUAUGAAAACUUGGUAAAUAGUAUGUUAGAAGAGGAUGUUUUGCUGAAUGGUAGGGUAAACGAUGAAAAUGUGCAAGAAAAACUAAGUGACCAAGAAUUAAGUGCAGGUGAAGAUGACAAUAUGCAAGAUGACUUGGAUGAGGUUCAAAAUAGAGAUUUUGGACCGAUAAAUAUUCAUGAUCCAGGGAACUGGAAAGAGAUUAACCAGAACUUGAGAGACCUUUUGGUAGAGCAUGGUCCUGUCAGAAGAAAUAACCUUGAUUUUAUUUUUCCCAAAGGUGCAGAAGCUAGAUGUUUUGAGCAUCACCACUUCAUAAGGCGUUUGAGUAAUGGGGAAACCGAAGAUAGAAGAUGGUUAGUAUAUUCAAAUGUUUUGGAUCGAGUUUUUUUGUUUUUGUUGCAAAUUAUUCAAGCAAGGUGGACGCAAUUAUCAGCUGGAUACAAACGGCAGUAGAGAUUGGCAUAAUAUGGGUGCUAAGCUUUCACGUCAUGAGUUAUCUACUAGGCACUAUACUUCCAUGCAUAAAUGGAAAGAAUUGGAAAUUAGACUUCACAAGAAUGAAACUAUUGAUAAGGAGAUUCAUGAACAAAUCAAG